AUGGAGACAGAGUUUUUUGAUGAGAGCUGGCUUGGAAAAGUCAUUUCCUUUACCGGCCCCAACACUAGUUGGCGCCUGACUGGAAAGUUGCGCGAUAAGAACGACCAGUUCAGUGCAGGCGAGAUGAAGCAUUUCCCAGAUGCUAUCAGUGGCGCUUACGGAACCUUCAGAUGUCAAAAUGUACAUUCUAUAGCUGAAUCGGCUAUCAUGAGGAUUGCCAUGCAAAUUCCGCAUGCAGGCGCGAAACCCGAUAGCUUCACCGGCCAGGCAUCCGGCAGCCUUCCAUCCUAUGGACAGCUUAUGCUAGAUGCUUAUGGUACCCUCCAGACAAGGGAAUGCAGAUCCGCCCCACGUCUAUUAAAUAUGAAAAGAGAAUCCCAGGACCACACAGGCAUGCUUCCAGGCGGAUCUAUUCUCUAUCUUCUUAUCGAAAAGGCACCAGGUGAACAGUUAGACUCUCCUGGGUUCUGGGGUCUAGGGCGCCGGGAGCGUGAUAGAAUUCGGCAGGCCUUCAAAGCUGCAUGGGAGGAAUGUGUUGCCAAGGGGUAUCGACCUUACGGAGAUGUCUCGAGCUUAUUCUGGGAUAGUUCCGCGUGCAAGAUGUCGGUAUCCCUUCCUUUUUUGACUCGCUCCAAGGCUGACAACACAAGUACCAUUUACAAUUUCAUGACAGCCUAUCCGACCGAGCCUCAUACCGAAUGGUUUAAUGUCCUAUGGAUCGUUUGGGGCCUAGCAAAGGCGCCUGAUGGGUAUCGCUGGUGGGUGGAAACCGAGAAGGACUCCGACAUGAGAAGAUGGACUUUUUGA